UGUCCGGCCGGUCGGAGCGAGCGGUCGCCCUGUCGCUCGCUCCGCGCGCGCUUUCAUUUCGCUCGUGGUCUGGCGAAAUGAAAGGCCUUCAUAAUUGCGCGCCGGUCUUCUCCAGGUUGGUCUCUGCCAGCGCGCGCUCGGCCUCGGCGGGCGGCGUUCUGUGCCAGCGGCAAGAGAGAACGUGCCACACCAGCAAACCGGGACGAGAGCUCGACUUCCACCCCGUCGACCCAUCCGCAACUUCGGCACCGACUUGACUCUCGUUCUAUCCUUUGCCUCUCUUCCCCGCUCGCCGUCCACGAUCGGUAUCACUAUCAGCAUCGCCCAGAAGCUGCUCAAAGAUGCCCGCCCAUCUCCACUACACCACCACCCCCAUCUCCAGAUUCCCGUCUCCGCUGGCGAUGGCUAUAGCAUCUGUGCUAUACAUACCCGGAGCCCCCAUCAUACAU